AUGGAGAUAGAAAUACAGCUUCAGAGGAAACAGAACUUUCAGCCAGAGGAUGCUGUGUAUCUGGACGACGAGAAGGAAAGGGAAGAAUAUGUCCUGAAUGAUGUGGGGAUUGUUUUCCAUGGAAACAUCAACGAGAUAAAGUUGAGAAGCUGGAGUUAUGGUCAGUUUGAAGAAAACAUUCUGGAUGCCUGUCUGUUCCUGAUGGACAAGGCAGAGCUGGAGCUCUCUGGGCGUGGAAAUCCCAUCAAAAUCUGCCGUGUUGCCUCUGCAGUGAUCAACUCCAGGGAUGAUGAUGGUGUGGUUGCUGGCUCCUGGGACAAUACCUACACUUAUGGUGUUGCACCUUCAGCCUGGACAGGAAGUGUGGACAUUCUCUUGGAGUAUUACAGUUCUAGACAACCUGUGAGAUACGGCCAAUGUUGGGUCUUCGCUGGUGUCUUCAACACAUUUCUGAGGUGCUUGGGGAUACCUGCCAGGCUUGUUACCACCUAUUCUUCUGCCCAUGACAACAAUGCCAAUUUACAGCUGGACUUCUUUCUGGAUGAUGAAGGACAAGUGGACACCAAACUUACAAAGGACUCUGUCUGGAAUUAUCACUGCUGGAAUGAAGCCUGGAUGACCAGACCUGAUCUUCCUGUUGGUUUUGGAGGAUGGCAGGUUGUUGAUGGGACACCUCAAGAAACCAGUGAUGGUAUGUACAGGUGUGGCCCAGCCUCAGUUCAAGCCAUCAAACAUGGUCACGUUUGCUUCCAGUUUGAUGCUCCUUUUGUCUAUGCUGAGGUGAAUGGUGACAUUGUUUACAUAAGAAGGGAGAAAAAUGGAACCCAAACCAUAGAAAACAUUGACACGACCCAUGUCGGGCGGCUGAUUGUGACCAAAGAAGUUGGAGGGGAUGGAAUGAUGGAGAUUACUGAGGAUUACAAGUUCCAAGAAGGCUCAGCAGAGGAAAGGCUGGCUCUGGAAACUGCUCUGAUGUAUGGUGUCAAGAAGCAAAUGCCCCAGGACACCACUUAUCAGCCCCAAAAGGACGUGGACAUGGAGUUCCAGGCCCAAAAAGCAAUCCUGGGCAGUGACUUCAAAGUCACCAUAACCUUCAGGAACAGGAGCCGCAACUACUACACGGCGACCACCUACCUCUCAGGCAACACUGUGUUCUACACAGGAGUCACCAAAAAGGAGUUCAAGAAACACUCCUUCAGUGCAAAACUGGAGCCCUCUUCAUCCAGCUCUUUCGACGUUGUGAUCAAAUCAAGUGAGUACCUGAGUGAGCUGCUGGACCAAGCCUCCUUUCACUUCUUUGUGACAGCACGGAUCAAUGAAACAGGGAAGAUCCUGGCCCUGCAGAAGGCAACAGUCCUGGAAAUCCCAGCCCUGAGGAUCAAGACCCAAGGUGAGAUGGUGGCUGGUAGAGAAAUGUCUGUGACUGUGGAAUUCACCAACCCUCUGAAACAAGCCCUGGAGAACGUCACGCUGCGCCUGGAGGGACCCGGCGUGCUGAGAACCAUGAAAAAGGAGUUCAGGCAGAUCCCAGCAAACUCCACCUUGGUUUGGGAGUUAAAAUGCAUCCCAAGACUCCCAGGGCUACGAAAGCUGAUUGCAAGCCUGAAUUGUGAUGCUCUGAGGCACGUGUAUGGGGAGCUGAACAUCCAGAUUCAGAAACCAUGA